AUGACUGACAGUACCAGUCCAUAUGGCAUGAAAUACUCAUUGAUUAUAUUAUUGCUGAAAUUAUUAAACAUUCAUGACUCUCAUAUUUUCACCAAACGGAGUCUUAAAACGAUCUGUUAUAUACUAUUUUCUGUAACUCGUGAUGAAGAUUUCAAUCUUGUGAAAGUUCACGAAAGUUCAAAGUCUCACGUGAUCACAUUUCUCUGUGGAGUUCUCGACCCAAAGGAAGCUGUUCUUUUGGCUGUGUCCUGUGAUGCUUUCGCCUUCGGACAGGAGGACACCAACAAUGACCGUAUCACCGUCGAAUGGACCAACACUCCAGAUGGUGCUGCCAAGCAGUUCCGUCGUGAAUGGUUCCAAGGAGAUGGAAUGGUCCGUCGUAAGAACUUGCCGAUUGAGUACAACCCAUAG